CCGAACAUGCACAGUAGUAGAAACAUUAGCGAACAGCUGAUACAAUGGCGCCACUGGACCUGGAUAAAUACGCGGAGAUUGCCAAGCAGUGUAAAUAUUUACCUGAAAACGACCUCAAGAGGUUAUGUGAUUAUGUAUGUGACCUAUUGCUGGAGGAAUCCAAUGUCCAGCCUGUGUCCACCCCUGUGACUGUGUGUGGAGAUAUACAUGGACAGUUUUAUGAUCUGUGUGAACUCUUCAGAACCGGAGGACAGGUCCCAGACACAAACUAUAUUUUCAUGGGUGACUUUGUUGACCGGGGAUAUUACAGCUUGGAGACAUUCACAUACCUGCUGGUGUUAAAAGCCAAAUGGCCUGACCGCAUCACGCUUUUAAGAGGAAACCACGAAAGCAGACAAAUAACCCAAGUAUAUGGCUUUUAUGAUGAAUGCCAAACCAAAUAUGGAAAUGCCAAUGCCUGGCGCUACUGUACCAAAGUAUUUGAUAUGUUAACAGUUGCAGCGCUGAUGGAUGAGCAGAUUCUGUGUGUUCAUGGGGGCCUCUCCCCAGACAUAAAGACCCUGGACCAGAUCAGAACCAUUGAACGUAACCAGGAGAUCCCCCACAAGGGAGCAUUCUGUGACCUUGUCUGGUCAGACCCCGAGGACGUGGACACCUGGGCCAUCAGCCCCAGGGGAGCUGGGUGGCUGUUUGGUGCAAAGGUCACCAAUGAGUUUGUUCACAUCAACAACUUGACAUUGAUCUGUCGUGCACAUCAACUAGUCCAUGAAGGUUAUAAGUUCAUGUUUGAUGAGAAGCUGGUCACAGUCUGGUCGGCUCCUAACUACUGCUAUCGCUGCGGCAACAUUGCCUCCAUCAUGGUCUUCAAAGACGCCAAUACGAGGGAGCCCAAGCUGUUCCGGGCGGUGCCCGACUCAGAGAGAGUCAUUCCACCCAGAACAACGACACCAUAUUUCCUGUAAACACUGCACUAACUAUCAUCAGCUUUGGCCGCACUGUUAUCAACCACCACAUUUGUAAUGUAUCACAUACAACGGAGCGACAACAACUCCCGUUGAAGUGACACCACUGAUUAUGUCAUUCAUAUUUUACCAGUGGAGGCUGCUGAGGGGAGGACGGCUCAUAAUAAUGGCUGGAAUGGAGUCAAUGGAAUGGUAUCAACCA